ACGUAUAAUUUAGUGACAGUAGAUAGACCUGUCACAGAUAUAUAAACUUCUAGACCAAUAUGCAUUAUGGAUGGUGAAUUAUAAACUAUUGAUUAAUAGCUGCUAUUAGUCAUUAUCCGAAGUUAGGCGGAAAGGGCCGAGAGGAUGCGAUUGACUUAAUCUAUAUACUUAUACACACCGUCCGGAACGUCUUACAAAGUUUCAGUUCAGGUGGAAAGACAGCCGGACUCAUGGAGGGAGAAGAUUUUGAAAGUAAAAGAGGAACACAGCAGGGAUGUGAAGAUGUCGCCCUCACAACGCUAUUAAAUAAGCGCCAUUCCGGUGAUCCUGCCAAGCACGUGCCUUCUGUGUCAAUACGUAAGCGACCAGAGGACCCGUGUUCCUCGUGCCUUAUAAAAGCGUUGUAUUGUUACAACAUAUUUAUCUUGAUUCUUGGCUUAGCAGUUCUCGGGGUUGGAAUAUGGUUGCUAGUAACAGAAUACACCACACGGGUGGUAACGGUUCAUGUAGGUUCGAAUCUCUUCGAGAUGAGUACAUACCUAAUGAUUGCUGGUGGGGUGACCAUAGCCUUGCUUGCAUACUGCGGCUGCUGUGGUUCAUUGCGAGAUGAUAGAUUUGCUUUAGCCUUUUACGGCGUGACGCUGACUUUAGUCCUUCUCGGACUCGUGACCGUGAGUGCACUAGCUUUUAUGUAUAGAAAUGAACUUACGGGUCAAGCAAAAGAUAAACUUGUGAAUACAUUGUCAAAAAGAUAUGGCACAGAUUUAAAAGAAAAUGUCCAAAACCGUUUGAUAACUGAUGCUUGGGACUCACUGCAAAGAAGUUUUCAAUGUUGUGGACCCUAUGGUGAUAUAAAUUCAACGUAUUCCUGGUCAUUCUACAAACUUCAUUCUGACUGGUACCUGCAAGCAAACAACAGAGCGCCCUUUGUACCAGAUUCGUGCUGCUCAGGGGACAAACAAAUCUGUACUGGAGUGCAGACGAUAAAGGGUCCACCAUCUAGAGGUCCGCCAGUUUCUUCUUCAUAUGCGAAAAAUGAGCAUUUAUAUACACAAGGUUGUUAUGAAAAGGUCAUGGUACAUCUGGAGAGAAAUGCGUUAAUUCUUGGUGGUGUCGCAGCGUUCGUUCCUUUACUUCUGAUAAUAGGAAUAGUGAUAGUAUUCUGUUUGUGUGCACGCGUGAGUAAGGACGAAAUGUAUGAGGACGACGUUUAAGAUUGAGUUAACCAAUGAAAUAUUUCCCUCCUCUAGGACGGAAAGAUGUCAAUGGUUGUAAUUCUUAAAAUAUAUGUGAUCAACUACUAUUGCUGCAGUGUUGACAACUCUGAAAUUCACUGAUAAACAAGUAGGGUAUAAGCUUGGUUGGUAUAUUUAGAUUACUCGUAUCAAGACAUUUUCAUUGCUAUAGACCUACUAUUCAUUCACCUGGGAAUAUUAUCCUGUAAUUUUGGUCUCGUUUUCCCAUUUCAUAAAACGUUUCCAGCGGCUUAGAGAUGGAUAAUGAUGAUGAUGAUGUUUCACGCACACGGAGCCAGCUUAAAGAUAAAGGUCACACAUCUACACCGAAAACCAUUGUUUUUUGAAAAAUGGUCUUGUUUCUACAUAAAUUUGUUAUGUUCUUAAGACGACAUGAAGUGGACAAGAUCAUGCUAACCAGUCAAAUUUACUGACAAAUCUUAUACGAGAAUAGUUGGCUUACAUAUGUAGUUACUUCAAAACCAUAUGUGAUGAGUCGGAAGUCACAUUUAACUUUUUAGGGUAAAAUUUCAUAAAAGAACAUUUAUGCCAUGUCCUGGAAUUCAUGGAUGGCCAGAAAGCUAGAAAUGUGAAGCUGUACAAAAAUGUACUUAAAUGACACACAUUUAUGGUUGUGUCUAGUCAUAUUUUGUCAUUUAUAUAUAGAUGAUUUAUUGAAAUAAUAAGGCACAGGAAUAUAAGAAAGUGUUUGUUAAUGUUGUUUACCUUUGUAACAUUUUUAUAGUGAACAAACUUUUGUGUAAGACUACGUGAUGACUCUUUAGUCGGCCCUGCUUGGGAACUUUUGUCUGUUUCCAUAGACAGUUCUUUUAUACUCGUAUUUUAUAUAUGUAUCUUUUUUAAUAUUAAUUUUAUCUUGUAUAAUUGUAAAGGGUGAUUUAAAGUUUUGUAACGUUUAUCUUAUUAAAGUGAAAU